AUGGAUUCUGACCGGAUUGGUCCUUGCAGCCCCAAAUCAUUGAUUUUUGUGAAACUGUUCAAGGAGGACGUCGUCCAUAUUAUCAUUUGUCUGCCAUUUAAAGUUGAAAGUAUUCAAAUUAUCGCAAUGGAAGAUAAAGUACCGUUCAAGGUCUAUACUUACUGGAAAGAUCAGUCAAAACCUGAAGUUCGUAGAUUUGGUAUAGAAAAAAGUGUAGUGACAAGUUUUUGCUACCUUGAUGCUAAGCUUCAGGAUGUCUAUCCUGGAUUAAAGAAUAAACAUUACAUUGUAUUCUGGAAAGACGAAGAAGAUGAUGAAGUGAUUAUUUCUUCUGAUGAUGAAAUGAUGACUGCCUUAUCAGCUAUGAAUGAUAAUCUUAUGAAGAUCUUUGUAAAUUGCAAGAAUGAACGGCCGAAAGAAAUUGAAUGCAAUGUUGUGAUUACUGCUACAAAUGAUUCUACUGUAGAUAACAACUUGCCUCAUUGUGGAGUCAUCUGUGAUAUCUGUGAUGCUCCAGUAGUUGGAUUCAGAUACAAAUGCACUUCAUGUGCUGAUUAUGAUCUUUGCUCUAAAUGUGAGGCUGCUGGACACCAUGCUGAGCAUAUAAUGGUUCGUGUCCCCAUUCCCAAUAUGCCUCGCACUACCAUACGUGCAGCUAUAAGGCGAUCCCGUCACAUUAUGAAAUCAGUGGCCACUGCUAUGGCAGAAACUGAAUGCCAUUACAAAAGACCGAAAGGUGAGAAAAUUGCGGAGAAGAAACGUCAUCAUGCCCAUCAUGGCGAAGGAAGUCGCGGUGAUCAACACCGCCGUCCGCGCCCUAGUUGGCUUGAAACAUUUGCCACUUACAUGAAUGAAUUUGCAAAUCUUGCGGGUGAUGUGGGCACUGAAGCUGGGAGGAACAGAGAUAGUGAGCCCAGGAAUGUUAAAAAUGGCUCUCAAGAGCAGUCUAAGGAAAGCGGUAAUGCUCAAGCUGCUCCUAAGCAGCCAGAGCCAUCAUCAUCUGGUGCAGAAAAUAUUCAAUGCCCAUUCCCCAGUAGCGCUAAUCAGGAGAGUGUGCAAAAACUGGUUAAAAUGGUUUAUGGUGUUGACAUUAGCCAACUGCUGUCUCAGGUCCCCUUUUCUCAUGUGGGUAAUGAAGAAAAUAAGCAGGAAAGUAACCAGCAACCUGAAUCUGAUGAAGGUAGUGUUAAAUCUGAAGUAUCUUCCACAGUUAGGGAUGGAAAUAAUUCCACAAAAAAAGACAUAUCUCCAGAGAGAUUAAAUGAUGACUGGACCAUGAUCAACAAUGAAAAAGAUAUAAUGGAUACAGAUGUAAAGCCAAGUGCUCCUAAUGAUCAGGCUGUAGGUUUCAACUUGCCUGAAGAGUUUCAAGAGCGGGUUACAAUCAAUGAUGGCCAAAGCCUUUACCCUCCACUGCACACUGCUUCAGCUGUGUUGAAUCCCAAAGAGCCUGAAAAGCAAAUUGCGCAACAAGAGCAACAAACAAACACUAAUGGGAAGGGGCCAAUGAGUGAGCCAGUUAAGCAGAAGAUUUCUCCAACUGCUACUCAGUUUCAACCCCAACCACCUCAGCCUACACCAUGCUACCAUUCUGAACCUCACAUUGAUGCUGCAAUAACGCAAAUGAUGGCUAUGGGUUUCACUAAUGAUGGCGGCUGGUUAACUCGGCUUCUUGAGAAUGCGGACGGGAACAUUGCUGCUGUAAUUGAGCUUUUGACUCCCAUAUCCCCCAAGAAG